UUUCCAAGGCGGGGGAGGCAGGCAGGGGGCGCAUGUCUCUUUAAGGCAGGUCCCACGACGGGUUGUUAUGCUGGAGAGUGAAGGAAGUGACGGGGCGAUUGAAUGAAAAGGAGCAAAAAAAAAAAAAGGAGAGAGAGAAAGAGAGAGAAGUAAGGGGGAGCUUGAAAGGGGAGACAGAGGAAGGAGAGGCGAGGGCCGGCAGCAGGAACAACGGGAGCCGAGGCGAGGGCAGCAGCAGUCAGCAUCCGAGCACCCCUGGCAGCCGGGCGGGGCGGAGCGCAGCCGCAAGAGGACUUUCCCAGGAGUAGACCUCCCUCGCCAGCAGCCCAUGCGGUGUCCGGCGGAGGGACAUCCAGGGGCUAGAGGGGGCGCCAGUGCAGGGGUUUUUUUCCCCCCGGCGAGAGGAUAAGGAGACGGCAGGCAGUCAAGCCAGGAGCCUCCGCCAACUCCAGAAGGAAAGUUGCAAACUUUGGGAAAGUUUCUCUCCUUCUUCCCGGACGGGGCGGUGGAGCUGAGGAGAGCGUGAUCGGGACUCCGGCCGGGAGGGGGGUCCUUCUUAGAGGGUGUUUGGAUCAGUCUCUCUUCCCUCGCCCUCAAUACCCCCACUUUCUGCUGGAGAUGCUCUGCCAGGGAGGAGGAGGAGGCAGCUGGCUCCGUUUCUUCUUGACGGCGCUGCUCUGGCCUCAGCCUCUGCCCUGGGUGGCCGCGGCGUCGGGGGCCCCGUCGGAGCUGCGAGUCCGCGUCCGGCUCCCCGAUGGGCAAGUGACGGAGGAGAGCCUGCAGGCGGACAGCGGGGCGGACUGCGUCACCCUGGAGCUCCGCAAGGGCGACGGCACCCUCAUCACCCUCACGGCCGACUUCAAACAGGAGGUGAAGAUUUUCCGAGCCCUAAUCCUUGGAGAACUGGAGAGGGGCCAGAGUCAAUUCCAGGCACUCUGCUUUGUAACCAGGCUCCACCGCAAUGAGAUCAUUCCCAGUGAGUCCAUGGCCAAGCUAAGACAGAAAAAUCCACGGACUGUGCGGCAAGCCGAAGAGGUGCGUGCCCUUGAGCAUCUCAGCAUGGACGUGGCUGUCAACUUCAGCAAAGGGGCUCAGCUCAGCUCCCACAUCCACAACGUCUGUGCGGAGGCCAAAGAGGCCAUCUACACCCGGGAAGAGGAUGUGAAGUUCUGGCUGGAGAAAGGUGUGGACGGCUCCAUGUUCGAGGUCCUGCCCCAGUCAUCUGACCUUCCCAACUUGCAGCGGUGCCGCCUGUGUGCAGAUCGCUGGAGGCCCUGCAUCUGCAGCUAUGCGCUGAGCAUCGAGUGGUACCCCUGCAUGCUCAAGUACUGCAAGAGCCGCGAUGCUGCUGGGAAGGUCUCCUCCUACAAGUGUGGCAUCCGCAGCUGCCAGAAGGGCUACAGCUUCGACUACUACGUACCGCAGAAGCAGCUGUGCCUUUGGGACGAGGAGACCUAGCAGGGCGCCCAGGCAGCCAUUUUGUCCCAUCGGUGCUUCCCUUCCACCUCCCUUCAUGUGGUUCUGGGUUGCUCUGCCAAGAUGGCUGCCUAGGAAAGGAGGAAGGUGCGGGGCCUAGAGGGGAUGUGGGGCACCUGUCAGGACUCCAUUUUAUGAAGCCUUCGUGUGGGUCUGUCCAACUCCUUUUCUACCCAACUGCGAACUCCCUUGGACUUGGGGAUAUAGGCCACAUUUGACUAUGACCUUACCUAAGAAGAUGGUGAGCUGUUGGCACAAGGACAUGCUCUAGGGCAGAGCUGGGAUUGUUGAAGCCUUGGAACCAGGUUUGGGACUCAUGCACCAUUUGGCCACUGGCCCUCUUGAAUUCUUAAGGUCCUUGACAACCCAGACUAAAAUGUGACCCACUACACUCUUUUUGUAUCAUCAGGACAAUUGAGGGGAAAGGACAGAGGCUCUUCCUUGACAAUCUUCCAGAAGGAAUAUGAGAACAGAUGAGUAAGGAGGCUCCUCCAAGCACCACACUUUUAUGGGGGUUUAAUCUGCCCAGUGGUGGUCAUGUGGAGCUUGAACCUGUGGCCUCCAUAUCAAAGCUCUUGAACUUGAAGAGCGCCCUGAAACUAGCUACCCGGGUCAACCAGCAGAAGGAAACAAGCAGCCACAACAAGAUGGCUGUUCUACAUUGAACACUCAACGCUCAUGAGACGAGGCAUCAGAACUGGUGUCUAAGUGUGGUGUUCCUGCCCCCUGCUCCUUUUGCAUAAUGAUGGCAGGAAGAUCACAGAAUAGCAGGAUUGACACCAACCUCAGAAACAAUUCAUCACAUCCCCUAAACAGCAGACCCCUGCAGCAACCAAUGCUUGUUAUUGGUUUCAGCAGCAUGGCUGUACCAGGCUAUACCCAGCAGAUGCCCCUUGAUCAGCUGACUGGCAGAGGAGGAAGAGCAUCACUGAGACCUGCCUCUUGAUCCCAGUUGGCUGGUACAUUGAAGAGACCUGUCUCUUGCUCCCAAUUGCUCCUCCCAAGGAGGAGGAAACACCAACCAAGUUCCAGUUAGAGGUACUUACACUCCAACCUUGCUAGCAUCUGUCUCCCAGUGGUUGAGGAUCAGUGGGCAGCUAGGAACCAAAGCAGGAAUGAGAAACCUAUGGUCGUCUAGCAGGGGCAAUAGUCUGCAAUGGCUAACAAAAUCUGCAGGACCACAAGCUCCCAUCCUUGCAGUAUAGGAAAGUAACCCUGAAGAUGUCCCAGAUGCCUGCAACUCAAGGGUAGCGAGCAUGGUUUGGACUCUUAACUCCCAUCAGCUCCUGCAAGCAUCACCAAAGGUCAGGGAUCAUAAGUGCUGUAGUGCAGCAGCUGCUGGACUACCAUAGGUGUCGUCCCCCUACAACCUGAGCUAACAGAUGCCAAUGAGCAUUUCACAGGCUUAAGCACUAUGGUUCUGUUUUGAGACCAUUUCUUGUUAACAGAAAGCAGUGUGCCUAUGCAUUUCUACAUGAUGCAAUAUCCCAAAAAUGUGAUAGGACGAAUUGAUGACAGUCCCCAAUUUUGAAAGAGACUCUAUUGAUCAAGCCAAGGGGAACAAAGUAAUAUGGGGUGACUACUGUGCAGCAGUGGUGUCAGAAGUGGCCCAAGCUACAGGAGUAUGUGGACAUGUCCAGGCAUGAAGGAGAGAGUCUGAUUUAGCUGUGAUUCCUGCAUUGUAGUGGGUUUGGACUAGAUGACCCUUGGCAUCCCUUCCGAUUCUAUGAUUAAGGCAUAGAAACAGUCCCUCUAUGCUAAUGCCUGUGUCUCCAGCUCCAGCUCUCAGUGGCAGAGCAAUCCAAGCCUUAAAGUGCUGGAAACAUGAUAGAGGUGGUUCUGUCUAUGUACUAGGAAUUGCACUUGAAUGUAGACAUUAGACUUGCGGUGAGCUUGACAAAAAGGCUGGUGGUGAUGGGUGAAAGUUCCAUUCCCAUCACUUCCGGGGAAACAGUACCCUGUGACUGUGCCUCAGUUUCCCUUAUGUGUAAAAUGUAGCGGGGAAAGGGGGAGUGGUGGCAAUCAUGGAGCAAUGUACAAGGUUUAGGUGAUUUGUUGCCUAGGAUUUUUGCACACCCCUUUCCCAGGAGAUGGGUAACAGAAGAGCAGCUUACCAACUGGAACCUUACUGCGCAGGGCAGGGGGUGCCCACCAGUGUCCCUGCAUUGGGGGGGUGGAUUAUAUGCCCCUUGAGUCCCUUCCGACUCUAUAGUCCUAUGGACAAAAUGCUCUUCAUUAAGGUCAUGCAGUUGGGGUUGAUGGGAGUUGGAGUCCAACAGCAUCGGUGGAGGGAUCACCUUGGCAAACCUUGGCUUAUGAGGUCUGGGUAGCCCCUUUGUGAACCAGCCUAUCAAUCAGUUGAGGAAAAAUUGUGCACAUUCCAUUAAGAUUUACAAUAAAAUGGCUAUUGGUGUACUAACCAACUAUGGCAGGAUGUAAAGCAGAGACAUGUUUGGUCAGACCAGAGGUCCAUCACACCAGCAUCCUUCAUCCCAUUAAUAGCCCCAUCCUCCAUUACUUUGCCUUCUUCCCUUUUAAAGUCAUCGCUGGUACCUUGUGGCGGGGAAUUCCACAGGUUUGUGGUCUGUUGUGCGAGCAAUGGAGCAGAAACCCCACUUAACCAUUGGUGAGGACCCCAUAUUUGAUUUGCAAUGUAUUGCCCUGUUUUCUUUAUGGCAGGGCUCACAUGCCGAAUUCAAGAGACCCUCUUUUCCCCCCACCACAGAGAUGCAGUGAGGGGCAGCUUUACCAGUUUGACUUCUGCCUGCCAUGCAGCUGCUUGAAGGCACAGGGGUCCUAGCCAGGCAGGGGGGGAGAGGAAGGGAGGUAAACCACAUUUUGCAACCCUCCCUCCCCUCUUUUUCGUUGCCAUCGCCUCCUCCAUGCCUCCUUCCACCGCAAUGUGCCUUUUUCUCUUCUCAACUCUGGACAUUUCAGUCCACGGAAGUUCAAACCUUCAGUGUUUCAUUUCAAAGUCAUUGUUCUGUGUGUUCUUGAGCCUUUCUCACAGAAUUAUUUUUGUAUGCAUCUCUCCCGAGGAGAAGGGGGGGAUGAUGGGGAAGGGGGGGUCAGAGUUGCUUUAAAAAAAAGCCACAUGAAGUGAAACAAAUGUAAAACUUGAAUGGAAAGUAUUUUAAAGCAAAGUAUUUAUCAUAUGUAAGGUGAAUAAACUGAUUUCUUUUGUUUGUUUAAUGCACUUUC